AUGCAAGAUACUCAUGGAUCCGGAUCUGAAGGUGGACCUUCCAACCAUCAGAAUGGACAGUAUUACUCGUUACCAACAGCCCUGUAUCCGGUACCAGGGUCUAGACCAGCUGGUGUUCCUUCGAAUACUCAACAAGCAGGAGUUGCACCUCAUGGCUUGACUCAAGGUGAUAUAGAAAGUCAACAACGUACGGCAAAUACCGCAGUACCAGAAGUUGGGAACAGCAGAGAAUAUCAAGCUGGAUAUUACCCAAUGUCAGGAGACGAUAAAUGGUCAUGGGCGAACAUAGCUGAAAACAAAAGUGUGCAAGGUAUCAGAAAUGGUGAAUCCUCAUUGAUGGGGAAUCAGCAACAGCAAACGCAACAGCAACAACAGCAACAACAGCAACAGCAACCACAACAACAAACACCCCAAGCUCAAACCCAAGCUCAAUUACCUCUGAACGUGAAUUCUUUGGAUUCAAUAUCGGCUUUCUUAGCUGAGAUGCCUACACAAAGGGAAGAUCCUACUAGACAUGUGCUUUGGACAGAGUUGAUUCGACUGAAGACGAGAACAUUGGAAUUACAAAUUGCAGAAGCCAGGAAAAAGGAAAAAGAAGCAGAAUUAGAGAUAAUGAGAUUAAGAGCUGGAGCAGCUGCUAAAUCUGAUCCUUCUGAAGUACAGACUAAUCAGAACAACUCACAGAACGAUAAUACCAAUGGUUCUGGAGGGAUGAACACUGUCAAUCAGUCAGUCGCGGGUCCAUCAAACACAAAUGGUCUUCCGCAGUAUUCAAUGAUAGGACAAAACCUUCAACCUCCUUCAUCGACAUCAUCAUCAUCUGUAACGACUAUUCCUGGAAAUACUCAACACCUUUAUAAUCCUGGAUCAAUGCAACCUGCCAUGUCACCAUUUGAUCUCGAAGCAAUGCUAUCAACUGAAAAUAUGGAUAACUUCCUUUCUUGGUUACCUGAUUUAGGAGAAGGAGAUUAUCCUGCACCUGAAGUUUUAUCUCUCGCUCCUUCAACAGAUUACAAUCCGAAUAGCCAACAGUAUCCGGUUGACCCGUCAAUCCAAUCUCAGAUGGGCUCAUAUCCAUUCCCUAUAACAUCAACACCAAUGAGUACUGCGAGUAUGACACUGAAUCAAACUUCACCAAGAAGACGUAGUCCAUCUACCGAAGAACAUUCACCACAACAACCUCCAACGAAGAAAUCUCGUCGUGGUGCAGAAAAAAAGAUUGUCAUCGAACAAACCUCGUCUUGUACGACUUGUCAUAAAUCACUUGCUAGGAUAAUGUUUAGAUCACCAAAAUCAUCCAUGCCGGAUCCGAUUAUAGUGGAAUUGAAGUGUACAGAUUGUAAACCGAUUUCACAACCUUCAACAUUGCCUGAUUCGAGUGGAUCAUCUACAUCUCCUAUAGGAACGGUAGAGACAAGAAAGAGGAUGAGAGCAUCAAUGGAAUUCGAUGACGAAGAAGCUAAAGUGAGGGAAAGGAGGCAAUGGUGUGAUGUCUGCCAAAGAAUACUUGGUUCAGGUCAAAUAACAGGUGGCAGAGAAAAAGAAUCGAUUGGUGGGAUAGCAGAGAUAGUCUGCAUGGAAUGUGAUGGCAAAUAUCAAAGAUGUACAGAUUGCGGUGGAGGUGGUGGACCCAGAGUAGGUAUAGGUAAAUGGAGAAUGAAGCAAGUUUUCCAUCCAGGUCGAAAGACAUGCAGUUUGAAUCACACGAGGCUGGGCGAUCGCACAAGAGAAAUAGGCGUUCAUGUCACUCCAACUGAUUUUACGCCCGAACAACUCAAAGAAGUCUUGACCAGGUGUAAAGCUUUAUGGAACGAAAAGACACUGGCAAGAUUGGCUGUACCCGAAAUGCUAGAAGUCGAUCUCCCACCUGGCCUGGCCAAUCCCCUGAGAGAUUUCGGAGAUGUCGAUGAUAUGGUCACUAGAAAUUGGCCAAGUAGGGAAGCGAUGAUAAAAGCGAACGGACUAGACCCUAAUCGGUUCAAGAGGCUACUGUCUUUGAUUUGGUCCCACUCUAAACCCAGAAGAAGUGUUCGUACUGUCGAUCUCGAGGAAGGGUGGUCUCGGCCCGAAGACAAUGACGAUGAUCUGAGCACAGUCCUGGCACACGUCAAGAAAACAAAUGUUGUCAUCCCGCCAGGCUCAGAGUUGAUCGGGAUGUGGGGAAGCGAAUGGGACACCCAGAAUGGCUCCCUUCUUAUAUCCACUUUCAUCCCAUUCGAAGGUGCAGAUGGGGAAGAUUCGACGGCUCUAUCAGUAGGGGAGAUGAUCACGAAAGUUCAAAGUUUACGACAAGAGAUUAAUGCGGAUCGUUUGAGCGAAGCAAGAGGGAAAGGCGAAGAGCCGGACUUGUUACCUCCUGUCGAACAUUUAUGGACGGUAUCAGGCGGAUACAUUCCUUUAGUACGAGAAAGAUUCGCCGAUAUCUUGAUCCGCAAAAGAUCGUUCGUACAUGUCGAAGAAUACCUCACCAGACAUCCUGAAUUCAUCAAAUCAAUCCAAGCUAGACCUGUCGGUCUACAUCCUGAUAUACAUCGACCAAUCCCCACUUCAGAGACAGAUACAGAAUCUCAACAACACGCCAAACCUGUUAUACUCGUUAGAUGGUUGGGUAAAGAAUUUGACGCUGCGAAGAUAUUGGAGAUUAAACAAAUGGAAUUUGGUGGGAAAAAGAAGAAGUCGAAGAAGUAA